AUGACGGAAACCACCAUGUCUUUCGGCUUCAUUGGACUCGGGAACAUGGGCUCCAUGAUGAGCCACAACCUGGCAUCAUACGCCCAGUCCAAAGGCCUCCCGAAAGUGCAGAUAUGGAAUCGGACUCGCAGCAAGAGCGAGGCUGUCGCAGCCAACAGCUACUGUGAGGCUGUCGAUUCCAUUCCAGGCUUGGUUCAGAAAUGCAACAUCAUCCAUACCUGCCUUGCCAAUGACGACGUCGCCCUCUCAGUAUAUCGCGAGAUCCUUCAGGCACGGAAGCCCGGAUUGAUACUGGUCGACCACUCAACUCUGUUCCCCACCACCUCGACGACUCUGGAUCAAGAAGCCCGAGACGCUGGUGCUUCAUUCAUGUCUUGCCCAGUGUUUGGACCACCCGCUGCCGCGAAGAGCGCGGGGCUAUUGAUUGUUCUUUCCGGCAAGGAAGAAGCGAGGCAGACGGUGAAGUCGUACAUUGUCCCUACUCUGGGCAAGGGCGUGAUAGACUGCGGCGAAGAAACCUCAAAGGGCGCGCUCCUGAAAAUUCUGGGGAACAACUGUAUCCUGGGCACGAUUGAAUUGUUGUCCGAGAGCUUCACCUUGGCCGAAAAGACCGGCUUCGACACUGACAUCUUCUACGAAUUCAUCCAGCAAUGGUUUCCUGCAGCAGCCUGGGUCAACUAUGGUAAGAAGAUCCGGGAUGGCACAUUCAGCGGCAAGACAGGCUUUACCUUGCCUGGAGGAAUGAAGGAUGCAGCAUAUAUCCGCCGUCUUGGAGCCGAGACAUCAACACCGACCCCAAUCAUUGACCAAGCCUGGAACCAUUUGACCACCGCCAAAGCAAUUGGAGGAGAAUCAUUGGAUUGGAGUGCCUGUGCCGCGGGGAUGCGGGUCACGGCAGGUCUAAAGCCGUUCAAGGGCGAGGAUUUCUCUCUACAAGGGGACCAUGCCAAUGGAGUCAAUGGGAAAUAA